AUGAAGGCCAUAUACACGUACCCUGAAUUGGUGUUCUGCGCCGUUGCCAUCUCCAUCCUGAUUACCGUGACACUUGUCGGUAACAGCCUGGUGUUGGUUGCUGUAGCCCGGUCCAAGGAGCUUCAGAAUGCCACCAACGUGUUCGUGGUCAAUCUGAGCGUGACUGACUGCCUGGCGAGUUUCGCUAUGCUGUGGAGCGUGCCGGGUCUGGUGAGCAAAACGCCAGGCUAUCCGCUGCGGUCCAACGUCCCGUGCGUGGCAGCGGCUGGUCUGGUCUUUAUCGCUAAUGGAUGCAGCGUGUUGACCCUAGUAAACAUCGCAUUGAACCGGUGCAUCCUGAUCACCAGACCCAAGGAAACCUACCAAUGGCUGUACACACCUAAGAAGAUUGCCAUGAUGGUCUUAUGCUCCUGGCUUGUCACCGCGUGCGGCUUCAUCUUGCCGCCUAUCCGGCGCGCUCCAAAGGACAGCGAAACUCGCAAGGCAGUCAGCCACGCUCAGUUUGACCACGAAUACGUUGGUCACAUUCUGGAGAUUUGCUGCUGCGGCAACCAUCACCAGGCUGUUACCCAUGAUUGUCAGGGCUGCCAAGAUGGAGAACCCGACGGCACAGAAGACCAGCUGUGGGUUGGUGCAUAA